AUGUGUGGCUAUGCAGAGACACAUCCAGGCAAAGGACGACACAGAGUGUGUGGCUGUGUGGCUGUGUGUCUCUGCCCGCCCCGUCUCACUCGCACCACCGUGAGGCACACACGCACAUACACAGCACAACACACUGCCCCAGACGCGCCGCGCCACACGCCACAUCACACCACACCCACUGUGUGUGUGUGUCCCUGUUCCUCGUUUGCUUUCUCCUUCCCUUCCUCAUCGUCCCUCUGCCCCUCCCCUCCCCUCCCCUCCCCUCCCCUCCCCUCCCCUCCCUCAACCUUCACAGGACAGCAGUGCCUUUAG